CGCCCCCCGCUCGGGCUUGGCUCCCCCCUCCCCCGCCUCUCCCCGGCCCGGACUCUCGGCGCUUCCACUCUCUGGGAAUCACGACCCCUCCCUGCCAUGUAUCCGCAAGGCAGACAUCCGGCUCCCCAUCAACCCGGACAGCCGGGAUUUAAAUUCACAGUGGCUGAGUCUUGUGACAGGAUCAAAGACGAAUUCCAGUUUCUGCAAGCUCAGUAUCACAGCCUCAAAGUGGAAUACGACAAGCUGGCGAACGAGAAGACAGAGAUGCAACGCCAUUAUGUGAUGUACUAUGAGAUGUCCUAUGGCUUGAACAUUGAAAUGCACAAGCAGACAGAGAUUGCGAAGAGACUGAACACAAUUUUAGCACAGAUCAUGCCUUUCCUGUCACAAGAGCACCAGCAGCAGGUGGCGCAGGCUGUGGAACGUGCCAAGCAGGUCACCAUGACGGAGCUGAAUGCCAUCAUCGGGGUACGUGGACUCCCCAAUCUGCCUCUCACCCAACAGCAGCUCCAGGCGCAGCACCUCUCCCAUGCCACGCAUGGCCCCCCGGUCCAGUUGCCACCCCACCCAUCAGGCCUCCAGCCUCCAGGGAUCCCCCCGGUGACAGGGAGCAGCUCGGGGCUGCUGGCACUCGGAGCCCUGGGCAGCCAGGCCCACAUGACAGUGAAGGACGAGAAGAACCACCAUGAGCUGGACCACAGAGAGAGAGAAUCCAGUGCGAAUAACUCAGUGUCGCCCUCGGAAAGCCUGCGGGUCAGUGAGAAGCAUCGGGGCUCUGCAGACUACAGUAUGGAAGCCAAGAAGCGGAAGGCCGAGGACAAGGACAGCCUGAGCCGAUACGACAGUGAUGGGGACAAGAGUGAUGAUCUAGUGGUGGAUGUUUCCAAUGAGGACCCAGCAACACCCCGGGUCAGCCCAGCACACUCCCCUCCUGAAAAUGGGCUGGACAAAGCCCGUGGCCUGAAAAAGGAUGCCCCCACCAGCCCCGCCUCGGUGGCCUCCUCCAGCAGCACACCUUCCUCCAAGACCAAAGACCUUGGUCAUAAUGACAAAUCCUCCACGCCUGGCCUCAAGUCCAACACACCAACCCCGAGGAACGAUGCCCCGACUCCAGGCACUAGCACGACGCCAGGGCUCCGGUCGAUGCCGGGCAAACCUCCGGGCAUAGACCCGAUAGGUAUAAUGGCUUCGGCCCUGCGCACGCCCAUCUCCAUCACCAGCUCCUACGCAGCGCCCUUUGCCAUGAUGAGCCACCACGAGAUGAAUGGCUCCCUCACUAGCCCCAGUGCCUACGCCAGCCUCCACAACAUCCCACCCCAGAUGAGUGCGGCCGCUGCAGCCGCUGCUGCCGCCUAUGGCCGAUCGCCAAUGGUGAGCUUUGGAGCUGGCUGCCCUUGUCUUGCCUUACAGGUUGGUUUUGACCCUCACCCCCCCAUGCGGGCCACAGGCCUGCCCUCAAGCCUCGCCUCCAUUCCCGGUGGAAAACCAGCCUACUCUUUCCAUGUGAGUGCUGAUGGGCAGAUGCAGCCUGUGCCCUUUCCCCACGAUGCCCUGGCAGGCCCCGGCAUCCCCAGGCACGCUCGGCAGAUCAACACGCUCAGCCACGGGGAGGUGGUGUGUGCCGUGACCAUCAGCAACCCCACGCGGCACGUCUACACGGGUGGCAAGGGUUGUGUGAAGAUCUGGGACAUCAGCCAGCCAGGCAGCAAGAGCCCCAUCUCCCAGCUGGACUGCCUGAACAGGGACAACUACAUCCGCUCCUGCAAGCUGCUCCCUGACGGGCGCACGCUCAUCGUGGGCGGCGAGGCCAGCACGCUCACCAUCUGGGACCUGGCCUCACCCACACCCCGCAUCAAGGCCGAGCUGACGUCCUCCGCCCCUGCCUGCUAUGCCCUGGCCAUCAGCCCCGAUGCCAAAGUCUGCUUCUCCUGCUGCAGCGAUGGGAACAUUGCUGUGUGGGACCUGCACAACCAGACGCUCGUCAGGCAGUUCCAGGGCCACACAGAUGGGGCCAGCUGCAUAGACAUUUCCCACGACGGCACCAAACUGUGGACUGGGGGACUGGACAACACCGUGCGCUCCUGGGACCUUCGCGAGGGCCGGCAGCUGCAGCAGCAUGACUUCACCUCUCAGAUCUUCUCGCUGGGUUACUGCCCCACUGGGGAGUGGCUGGCCGUGGGCAUGGAGAGCAGCAACGUGGAGGUGUUGCACCACACCAAGCCGGACAAGUACCAGCUGCACCUGCAUGAGAGCUGUGUGCUCUCCCUCAAGUUUGCCUACUGCGGCAAGUGGUUUGUGAGCACUGGGAAAGAUAACCUCCUCAACGCCUGGAGGACGCCGUACGGAGCCAGCAUAUUCCAGUCUAAGGAAUCCUCGUCUGUCUUGAGUUGUGACAUUUCGGCGGAUGACAAAUAUAUUGUAACAGGCUCUGGUGACAAGAAGGCCACGGUUUAUGAGGUCAUCUACUAAACAAGAACUCUAACAGGGCUGUCAGACUCUGGGAGAAACAGACUCAACUGUGACAGGGAGAUCCUGAUGCGGGCCCCCCAGGAUGGCGAGGCCGGGAGCAGCCGCGCGUCCUGCUGCGCUGUGGCAGGCUGGGCGGCGCCGGCACAGUGCGACUCCGGGCCGAGGUGAUGUGUCUCACAGACUCCAAUGGAUUUCUCUCCUCUUCCCCUUCACCGUGCUGGCAGAUGCUACUAAUAGAUUUAUGUGGAGGCUCACGGCUCCAGCUCCCCAAAGACACCCUCGUGAAUCUCUAUCUUUCCUUCCCCUUUCUUUUGACCCGUCCCCUGCCCUGGGGUGGGGACACUGGAGUGGACCACAUACCUGUGCCAGGGAUGGGGAUCUUAUUUCCCCGCUUGUGCAGCGCACAAGAUUUGUGAAAAAUGUAAAUAACAGACUCCUAUCUCGGACUGGUCAGUGGGGAAGGAGGCCCCUUCUCACCAGAAACGCUAGCCGUGUGUUUCGCCUGCUGUAUUUGUACUCCACUCAUGGUGGUGGUGGUUUGUGUUUGUUUUUUUUAACAGAAGUUUCCAGUUCCCGCCUGGGAGGGGAGUCAGGGAGGGGGAGGAAUGGGGAGAGAAUUCCGGGGUGGAGAAAGGGAGCUGCACUGGUAACCAGGCUGACCAGUCGGGUCCCUUGGAAUGAGGGUGCCUCCAGGAGGCUCGGGAUGGUCCCAGGAGGGUCAAGACCACGCCACACAGAGGACAGACAGUGCCUGAGGUGGGCCGGCCGGGGCUGAGGGCAGCAGCGCCCGUCAGAUUUUUCUGUGGCCUCCACGCUGCCUGCCUCUUGCCCUCGGUCACCCUCUCUCAGGGCUCUGACUAGCUCCCUCACUCUCCCCACCUCCCUCUCUUUGGUGCACAGUUGGUCAUGUUGGGAAAUGGAGUUCAGAGGACUCCCUCUCCAGCCCUUCUUAAUCGGCAGACAGAACCUAAAAAGGACAGAAAGUUGGAGGAAAGCAUAGCAACUCAGCUCAGGGAGCUACCAGAGAAAAAUAGCAACUGAUGUGGGUGCUUUUUUUUUUUUUAAAUUUGAAUAAAGAAUUAGAAGUGAUGUCCUUUUAUAAAAUGCCUUCUCCCCUUUCCUGCCUGUGAUUCCUCCCUCCCCCGCCCACAAGGGAAUGUGUAUUUAAUCUGCGGGAUUGAGUCUGGCAGGGUUGCAGGGGCUGAGGACACUAGCAGGUAGGUGGGGGCACCGAUGUCCUGGCACACUGGUGACUUUUUCAGCUUUCAGUCUCUCUUCUGAGCCCAAACAGGUUACAAGUAGCUGCAAGUGACACUUUUUGGUACCAAAAUGUUCCGAGGAGUUUGGCUUUUUUUUUUUUCUUUUGGUCUUUUUUUUUUUCUU